CGAUUGCUCCUCAGAGCCACAAUCUGUUGUCUUUAGUGAAGAAUACUUCCAAGGAAGCGGAUCAUACAUUUAAUGCCCACGAAGUUACUAUCCGAAUCUGCUCGAGCAUCUGGGAAGGCGUUAUCUGUCUAUUCCUUGAAGGAACACAGUGUUCCACCAUGGCUGCCCAACAAUCAGUGAAAGCAUUGUACCGUCGCUCGCUGAAGCUUGCGCUUGAUUGGUCUGUACAUAGAUAUGUAUGGCGAGGUCAAGCAGUUUAUAUCCGCUCCCUAUUUGAAGCCAACAAGGACGUCCGUGACCCACGGCAACAAAAGGAACUGCUUUGGGAAACUGAAAAGGUCCUGGAGAAGUGGAAACAUCCCGACUCUUAUCGACCACCAACCGCACCCGGUGGUUCUAAAUACGAGCGAAACAUCCCCGCUCCGAUCUUGGACCCUCCUCCAAAAAUGUUGCUGUAAACGUAGGGGAAAUCUUUUUAUUCCAAUUGAGGGCGUAUUCACUUUGGUGGACUGGCAGCAAUCGCAAUAUCAAUCUGCCGGAUCUUUAGAUGCCCUAAGAAGCAUUACUCAAUGACAGUAACUGGUGAGAAAGCCAACCAGGCUGAUGGGCAAACCGCGAU